AUGGAUGUCAUACCAGAAGAUCUCAAACGUAUUCGAAUUGGCAAACCAGAUGGACAACGUAUGAUUGCUAAGGGAGAGGAAGAAGAAGAACCACUGAGUCCUAUGGCUCGUGGUUUCAUGAACCUGGCUUUCAAAGCCAAUCUGGGGCUUACUCUGGCGAAACACCCUCGUUUCUCUAGUUUGCAGGUUGCAAGCAAAGAAAGAGGAGGAGAGAUUAUAUGGGUUCAAACAGAGGUGGACAUGGAUAACCACCUUAUAGUCCCCCACAUUGAUUACCCUGAUGAAAAGUUUGUCGAGGAUUACAUCUGCAACCUGAGUAAAUCUACCAUUGACAAGUCGAAACCUAUGUGGGACUUCCACAUCCUCAAUGUCAAAACAUCCGACGCCGAGGCGAUAGGUGUCCUCCGCGUCCAUCACUCCCUCGGUGACGGUGCAUCUCUUAUGUCUCUUUUUCUUGCUUGCACUCGUAAAACAUCUGAUCCUGAAGCUUUACCAAGUAGUACGACUGUGACAAAAAAAUCAAAUUUGUCAAAAGCUUGGGGGUUUGGUUUUGUUGUGAUGACGAUGAUGAUGGUAUGGAACACAAUCGUUGGUUGA